CGUGGUUGAGCAUUUGAGUUCAAUGCUGUGUUAAUUAUUAGUUAUUUUAAAUUUUAAUUAUUACUACUGUGUUUAUAUUUUAAUUGACCGAUACAUAGAAUUAUCCUCUCAAAAUGGCAAAUGUAGAUUUUAUUGCAACGUUCCAAAAGUUAACUGUGAAUCCAUUAGACUAUCUAGAUGUGCAAACCAAUGUUGCUGAAGAGACGACUAAUUUGUUGAAACAAUUGUAUGAUACUACUAAGAGUAUUGAAACAAUAACUAACAAUUCCAAUGAUGACACUCUGCCUGAGUUAAUAGUCAAAGAUUUUGAUGAAGAACAAAUAUGGCAAGAACUGGAAUUACAAAACUCAGCUCGAUUGAAACUAUUGGCCAAUACUAUUCAAGGGUUCACAAAAAAUGAUUUAAUUUACCUUGAUGAAUCUAAAAGUGCACAAACAAAAAAAAAUCUAAAAGUUACAAAAUCAAUUAAUGAUAAAACUAAAAUAAACAGUAAGUUGUUGAACAAAAAUAAAUUAUUUUUGGGAUGUUUGGAGAUUGAUGAUAAUGAUGAUGAAGACAAUGGGGAUGAUGAAGAUGAUGAAGAUAAUAACGAUGAUGAAGAUAAUGGCGAUGAAGUUGAUAUAGAAAGUGAAGAUGAAGAUAAUAUUUUUGACUUAGAAGAGGCAGAACCUUCAACUAAUAAACAAACAUUUAAAAAGUCAGUAGUCGACGAUGAAUUUUUCAAAUUAUCAGAAAUGGAAAAAUUUUUAUUAUCAGAGGAAAAAUUGGAGACUUCCAAAGAUAAACCAAAAUCCCUAGAAGAUGAUGUUGACAUGUUUCAAGACCUACAAUCUGAAAAUGAAGACGAAGAUAAUUUUGGUCCUAUGUAUGAUGAAUAUUUUGAAAAACAAAAAAAUGAAUCUAAAAAAAAAACCAAAUCAAAAAAAAGUGUAAGAUUUGAAAUGGAUGAAGAAAAAAGUGAAGAUAAUGAAGAAGACACUAAUGAACCUAAUGACAAUAAUAACAAACAAUUAUCAACACUAGAAAUGAGAUCAGAGCGAAUUAACAAACGAAUAGCAAAAUUGGAAGAAGAAGCCAUUUCUGAUAAUAAACCUUGGGCUUUGAAGGGUGAAGUUGCAGCUAAAGACCGUCCUCAAAAUUCUUUAUUAGAAGAGGCUGUUGAAUUUGAUGUUUGUACUCGUCCAGCACCAAUUAUUACUGAAGAAACGACAGUAAAAUUGGAGGACAUCAUUCUACAAAGAAUAAAGGACAAAGCGUGGGAUGAUGUAGAGCGAAAAAUAAAACAAACAAAUACACCUCAUGAAUUUAAAAAACAAUUAGUUUUAAAUCAAGAAAAGAGCAAAGAAAGCUUAUCCCAAAUUUAUGAAAAAGAAUUCAUCAAACAAAGAGAAGCAGCUGAUCCAGAAAAUAAAAAUAAACUUGAAGAAGUUCCAAAAGAGCAUAAAGAAAUUGAUUUAAUGAUUAAAGAAUUAUUUAGAAAAUUAGAUGCACUCACAAACUAUCAUUAUACUCCUAAACAGGCUAUUCCUGAUUUGAAAAUUGUCAAUAAUUUACCAGCUAUAUCAAUGGAAGAAGUAGCUCCAGUUGCUACAACUGAUGCCUCAUUGUUAGCACCAGAAGAAAUACAAAGAAAAUUCAAAGCACCAGUUCUUGGCAAGGAAGAACGUACUAGUACAGAUAAAAAACGUGAACGUCGAAAGAAAAAGCACUUGCAGCAUAAGAAGCGCAUCAUAAAAGAAUCUAAUCUCAAGGAAAUGGAAAAAAAUGGGUUUAAACCUAAGCAUAAUAAAGAUAGUGCUCAAAAAGAACUGAAACGAUUAACCAGUAGUGGGCAUCAAGUUAAAGAAUUAAAAUCUGUGGAUGAUAAAAGUAUGAAAUCAUCUAAAGAUUUCUUUUCAAGACUUCAGGAUCAAGCAAGAAAUGAAAUUGAUGGAAAGAAAAGAACUAUGAAGCAAAAUAAUAGAAAUAAUACUAAAAAAUUUAAAAAAUAA